ACCCGAAAAUGAGGUUAAGUUCCCACGUUCUCAAAAUAAACACCAACACAAACCGUUCUGAUCUCUUUCUUAUCGCACUUUUUUGUGUUGCUGUUCUAAUUUUUAUCAUCAAACUCAUCUCUCUCGUGUACUCACUCGCACGUUCGCUCCCUAAAUUGCUCAUUUCUUGAUCAUCAUCCGAUCCGGAUGAUCAACGCAGUUUAUGAUUCUUUACACCAUCAAAUUUAUUUCAUUGUGAUUUCAUUUGUUUCUUUGCUUACGUUUCCUUCAUGAUGGACAAAAUAUUGUCUUUAGGCUUAAUUCUAUUAAUUGUUGUAAAUUUAUGUUCGAGUAUUUCAAUCAAAUCGAUCAAAAAGCGUCAAAUUGAAAACGAAAACGAGGCCGAACUAUGUAAAGGUCGCCCACCGUCGGAAUACUUUCGUCUAACUACCGACGACGAUUGUCGAGAUGUCGUUCGAUGCUCCGUGCAAGGAUUAUUGGCCUUACGAUGUCCAUCGGGACUUGCUUUUGAUAUCGAAAGACAGACCUGUGAUUGGAAAACAAAUGUGAAAAACUGUGGGCAAUUAGAGAAACCUCGAUUAGCGACACCUCUUCUCGCGACAGACUCACCAAUUUGUGACGAAGGAAAGUUAGCCUGUGGUAAUAAGGACUGUAUCGAGAAGGAAAAGUUCUGUGACGGGACACCCGAUUGUCCUGAUGGGUCUGAUGAAAACGCUUGUACUGUGGAUAAAGAUCCAAAUCGAGCCCCACCCUGUGAUCAGAGUCAAUGUGUCCUCCCUGAUUGUUUCUGUUCAGCUGAUGGCACCCAAAUACCUGCUCGACUUGAACCAGCCAACACACCUCAAAUGGUUAUGAUCACUUUUGAUGGAGCGAUAAACAACAACAAUAUCGAUGUUUACGAGAAGCUUUUCAAAGAAGGAAGAAACAAUCCAAAUGGUUGUUCGAUAAAAUCGACUUUCUUUGUGUCCCACAAGUACACAAACUAUUCCGCAGUUCAGGAAGUUCACAGACGAGGACAUGAAAUCUCAGCUCAUUCGAUUACUCAUAAAAACGAUGAGAAGUAUUGGUCUGAAGCAUCGGUCGAAACUUGGGCCAAAGAAAUGGCUGGUGUUCGUUUGAUCAUCGAAAAGUUUGCCAACAUAACCGACAAUUCAAUUGUUGGUGUUCGUGCUCCAUAUUUAAGAGUUGGUGGCAAUAAUCAAUUCUUCAUGAUGGAAGAACAAGCCUUUUUGUAUGACUCAUCAAUCACUGCACCACUUUCGAACCCUCCUCUUUGGCCUUACACUUUAUACUUCCGUAUGCCCCACAAAUGCCACGGAAAUGGUCAAAAUUGUCCAACCCGAUCCCACGCAGUUUGGGAAAUGGUCAUGAACGAACUCGAUCGUCGAGAUGAUCCCAAAUUUGACGAAGAACUAUCAGGAUGUGCUAUGGUUGAUUCUUGUACCAACAUCAUUUCAGGAGAACAAUUUUACAAUUUCCUGAAUCACAACUUCGAUCGUCAUUACAAAACUAAUCGAGCUCCAUUAGGACUUUACUUCCACGCCUCGUGGCUCAAAACAACACCCGAAUAUCUCGAUGCUUUCAUUCAAUGGAUCGACGAAAUGCUAGAGAAAAAAGACGUUUUCUUCGUUACAAUGACUCAAGUUCUACAAUGGAUGCAAUCGCCAACUGAACUUACCAAAAUCAACGAUUUCGCUCCUUGGAAGGAAAAGUGCGAAGUCAAAGGUCAACCUUAUUGUAGUUUACCAAAUCAAUGCGCUUUGACCUCGAGGGAAUUGCCUGGAGAAACGAUUCGUCUACACACUUGCACUGAAUGCCCACAGAAUUAUCCUUGGGUUGAAGAUCCAACUGGUGAUUACUUCGCAUUCUGAAAAUAAAUAAUUAAAACUUAAUUUUAAAUCAUCGCCAUUCAUCGUUACUAAUCAAACUCUACAAUUAAUUAAUUCAUCAAUUUUAUCAUCUUUCCAUAACACACCGAACAGAAUUGACAUCAUGUUGUCAACAUUUGAUACUUAAUUAAAUUAAAAACCAGAACGAAAAAUUAAUUAUAAAACAUUUUAAUCAAUUGUUUGUUUGCAACUAUCAAGAUAAUCAAAAAUUGAUUAGUUUAAUUAAAAAACUUAAAAAAUGAA